AUGCCCACAGAAGCAGCGCCGCCCCGCUGCCAGCAGCAGCAGCAGCAGCAGCAGCAGCAGCAGCAGCAGGGUGAAGCGGAUGGAGAGCUGCCGCAGUCGCUCGUGCACCUCGUCGCUGCUGCUUGUCUACUCGAACAGGAACCCGCGAACCUCAACAUGGCCCUGCAGCUGGCGACGCUGCUGGCGCUGCGCCCCUCCAUGCGGCAGCUGCUGCGCUCUCUGCUGCAGCAGCAGCUGCUGCAGCAGCAGCAGCACUUAGAUGUGACGAUUCGGGAGACAACAGACCCCAAAGAACGCCACGUGCAGCAGCAGACUGCGGCGCAAGUGGCUACGCUGCUUGCUGCGCUGCAGCGCAGGCCCAGCAUUACAGCAGCAACAGCAGCAGCAGCAGCAAAAAGCAGCCCUUCUGCUGCUGCAGCAAGCAGGAGAACAGACAAAGCAGGCGAGCAGCAACAAAAAGGAAGAAAUUAA